ACACUAGGGUCACAGUUCAUCUGUGGCCACACGCACACGUGCUGUUAUCUUUUCAAGCGCGCACCCCCAGCUUUCAAACGUUGGAAUACAUUUUGGACCACUUUUCCCCGGUAAUUUUUCAACAGCAUAAAAAUGCCUGGAGAUGUUUCAUCCUCGUCAAGUGAGGACGAAGCGAGUCACCCGCCAGCGGAAGCGUCGUUUAGGCAAAAACACGUCGCAGAGAGGAGCAGCAAGUAUCAGUGCCCCGAUGACUUCGUGUGCUUCAGUCACAAGCCUUGCAGCAACACGCUGACCGAGAGCCUGAAGAGCAGCGAGAGCGAACUGUGGCUCAUUAAAGCCCCUGCCAACUUUGAUCCUCGAUGUUUGAGAGGUGCAAGCGUGAAUCUUUCCGGCUUUCAGACACUGAAGCUUCCUUCCGCCUCGGCUGCCGGCGAGGGGCACGGCCAGCAAGUCUACAACAUCCUGGCGUCCAAUCACGGCACCGCCGACCUCCGCUUGCUCACCGCUGCAUCUUCGUCGCCGGUUGUGGGGCCUGCCUUCUCUGGCCUCUUGAGCGUUUGCGAGAGCUACGGGGGCGCCCGCGCGCCUCCCUGCGUCGUCCACGCCCCGCCCGCGCCGGCCAUCCCGCCCGGACUCAAGCAGAGAUUCCAGCCCUUCGGAAGCAAGACGCCCACCACGGCGCAGGAGACACAAGAUGAGGACAGGAAGAGGAAGAAGAAGAAAAAGAAAGACAAGCACAUUAAAAAGGAGGAAGAAGUGAGGGUCAAACAGGAAGUUGAGGAAACAGGCCAGGAACACACUGAGGAAGAGAGCAGCAGGAAGAGGAAAAAGGUGAAGGAGGAAGUGGCCGUUGUGCAAGUGAAACAGGAAUUGAAGCGUGAACUGGAUGUGGGCGCUUUAUACAAUGAUGACAGCUCGGCAAAGAAGAAGAAAAAGAGGAAAAAAAGCAAAAUGGAUGCCGAAUAAAUGUCAUCAACUCAGAUUGAACUCAAUUUUUCUUUUGGAGGGAGGGCGUACCUCAAAACGUUUUCGCAUUUGUCCUCAUUAGGUUGUAUGUCAGAUGACUUUUGGUGACAGGUGGUGUACACCCUGGACUGGUCGUCAGCUCAUCGACCAGUUUUACUCAGAGACAAACAUUCACUUCCAUUCACAUUUUGGAAUGGGGGAGGAAAACCGCAUCCACGCACUAAGAGAACGUUCGAUCUCUACACAGGAAGUGAAUCCAGAACCUCGAGACUGCGAGGCACACAUGCUAACCAGUAGACCUCUGUGAAGCCCCAAAAGAAAUGUUUAAU